GUGUCCGCGGAUUUUUGCCGCGCGAUUACGCGAGCGCGCGCUACCCUUCCCCCCUGUUAUCGGCGUCGUUUUCGUCGCCAUUGUCGCCGUCGUCGCCGCCGCCGCCGCCGCCGCUGUCCUUCGGCACGAUGAAUAAAGUUUAAACGCUGUCGCCGUCGGCGCUCUCGGCUCUGACCUUCCAUAAAUCAACGCGGCCGAUACCGAUCUACGGGCGUUCUCACGGAGCGCUUCCGAGCGCCGCGGCGGUGGUACACGUGUAUGCGGCACUUAUCAUGAUAAUAGCAUGCGUACACAUACGCACACACGCACGCACGCACGCGUGUGUAUGUAUAAUGCGCGACGAGCCGGCUCCUCUGAGCGCGCGUCGUCGCACCGGCGAGGAUGAGUCGCUGGAGCCCGGAAAAAUCGCGGAAAUCUGCCUCCGCCAAGGCCAAUGAUGGGCCGCGCAGUGGGGCGAAACAGCACAAUGAGAUAUUCGCGAUGAUGAUGCCGACACGUGUAGGGUAUAUAAAGGGAUCGAUUUCCCUGCUGGCCGCUACUGAGCCAGAGUGCCGAUCUGGUCUGCAUUGUCCGCCGCGCGUUCGCUAACGGGAAAGCUGAUAAAACGUUUAACAUGUUCAAGCUGAUUCUCGUGAUUGCCGCCGCAGUGGUCGCGGCCAUGUGUGUGCCGACACCGGAGCCAGUACCAAUCCCAGGACCCUCACCAAGGCCGCAACCAGGGCCGCUACCAGGGCCGUUACCAGGACCGCUACCAGGACCGCUACCAGGACCGCUACCAGGACCGCUACCAGGACCGCUGGCAGGACCGCUGGCAGGACCGCUGCCAGGACCGCUGGCAGGACCGCUGCCAGGACCGCUGCCAGGACCUGCGCCAGGCCCUCUACCGGGACCUCUCGGGGCGCCAGUGAUAGGGCCCUAUCCGGUGGUCUACCCGCCGGCCUACCUGAAGACUUACUAUUACCCGGCGGCGGUUCCUGUGCCGUAUUACGGCGGCGGCUACAAGUGGCUUCAUCAUGGCCCGCUCUACGUCUACUGACAUCGAUCCAGGAUCUCCCGGGACACCAGAGAGACCGCCGGCACCGACACGAGUGUCUUCGCUUAGUACGGGGCUCGCCUCAACGCGCCAAAUGAUUCUGUACCGUGGAACGUCUUCCAAAUAAAAUAUGCUCUUGUCGCAGACACCGCAGUGUGCUCGAACUACUACGG